AUGGUAGCAAUAUCGGAGCUGUUGCAGUGCUGUCUCGCCCAGUUUGUCUCCCUAAUCAACUCGGGUGCGUUGUCCGAUCAUAUUGACGAGGUUCCACUACAAGAGUGGACGGACGAACUGGGCCGACUUCGCGUGUGGGCAGCAAAUAUCGGUGGUCAUCAGACUAGUCAAUCCUCACUAGAUUACCGCCUUAGAGAUGCGUCGCAUAUCAAGAGUCAGAUAGUGAGGCUCUUGGAGCAAUUCCAGGAACUACUCGCCGACCUCAAGGAUGUGUUUGAGGAGAACAGCGACGUUGAGCCCGAAUAUGAUAAGAUAGAUGAUUUGGAAGACUCAGAAAGCGAAAGUUCCUCAGAGAUCCAAGAAAUUCACCAAGGCCUCGUUGAUACAAUCAACCAACUCUACCAGAUAUCGAUGAUCAUCCGCAAGCCAGCACAGCAUGAUCGGCUGAUCGGGACAAAAACACUGGAUUCUGAGCCUUUCCAAUUCUGGGCUAAGCAACAUAUCUCCAAUAAAUAUCCAAAUGCAGAUGCGCUAGUUAUCGAUCGUAUCAGUUCCGCAAUGGCGCGACAAAGGGCGAUCUUGAAAUACCGUGAACGACAUCGUGCGAAAUUAAGUCAAGGCAUCAGUUCUGAGAAUGAUAGUAAAUCGGCUAUACUAUCAGAAACGAUUGUGACAGAUGUGCUUAAGGAGAUACCUGGCCAAGUUAGUGACAUGGCUUCUGAUGCCGGUGUGUCUGAAACUUCAUACGGAGGCACACUGCUCGAGGGCACUGGUGCAGUUGCUCCUAAAAUACCACCUAUACCGAAAGGUGGCCUGGAAAAGAGAUGCUUUGAAUGUCCAUACUGCUUUUACAUUAUCACAGUUCAAGACAGGAAAGCAUGGGCGCGCCAUAUUUUCCACGAUCUGUUGCCGUAUGUCUGCAUCUUCACAGGAUGCUCGACGCCCAAGAAGCUCUACAAAAGCCGCCGAGAAUGGUAUCAUCAUAUCAAGCAAAAUCACGCUAUGAAUUCAAGCACGCAUGGUACAUAUAACUGCUCUAUCUGCAAACAGGGCUCUCUUCCCGCUGUCACAUUUCAGCGACACGUGGGCCAACACUUGGAAGAACUUGCGCUCUUUUUGCUGCCACGAACCGAUGAUUCAGACGAAGAAGGAAGCGAAUUAAAUGAUGAGAAUCUUAGCAACGUAUCGUUAGACGAUCAUUCAAUGGAACAUAGUGCCGGGCAGCGCAAUGACAUGGAUGUUGCAGCAACACCAGCCUCUGACUCCAAUGUUAGUGAUGACAAUUAUUCACGAGGGCUACGGAAAAAGAUCGAAGAUUAUGAACCCUCACUUGGAGCGACCUUGAGUGAAAGAGAGUCCCUGGGGGGUCUGGAAUCCAACAUGGCGAACAAAACGAGCGCCCCAUCGUCCCCUUCCAAUCGCGAAUACAAAUUCGCUAUGAGCCAGAAGCUUCUGGAGAAGAGCGACUUCCGGCAGAACAUGGAUGUCUGGCAACAUCAGCAGGAGGUUGAACAGCUGCAGAAAGAUCUGCAGAAGUCUCGUGGGCACCGCGAUAACGAACGCGAGAGAAUUAAUGUGAACUUGCAGCCCGAUUCGCACGAAUCUCUGCUCUUUAGCGAGGAGCUAGAAUACGAUGAAGAUAUCUCUGAGCGCAAGCAUCAAUCCGCGAAUGAGGAACGCAAGGCCGAGGAAGAGCUGGAUAAACAUACACUGCUGAAGGAGGGAUUAAAGGUACUGGCACGCAUGCGGGAUGGUGAAGGACAGAGGGAGACGCUCGUACAGGAGGAAAAGUGGAAGGAGCGUAUCCGGCUAAAGAAAGAAGAGGAGGAACGUGAAAAGCUCAUUCAAGAUAUUCGAGACGAGGAAGCACGAAAGGCGAGGGACCUUGCGGAGAAUAGGGCGAAGAAGAUGACCGCAAAGGCUGCUGCUGUGGCGGAGUGGAAGCAGGAGCAGGAGCGCAUAAAGCAGAGGCAAGCUGACAUGGCCGCAGCAACGACCAAGGAAUUCAAUGACCAACUCCGCAGCAUGGGGUACUCCGAUGAGCAAAUCGAGGUCAUCACCACGAGAAGGAAGAAGGGGGAAGAGGAGGACAAGAGGAAAGACAACAAAAAAGAAGAAAAGAAAACUGAGGAGGAGAACAGAUUGACUUGGAUCAAGGUCCACCGCAGACACUUGCUACCAGAGACCGUGGAGGCUUAUAAUCUGCCUUGGGACUGGGACGAACGUGACUCCGAUUACAUCAUUAUCAAGCGAUGGGUCGACGAUGACUUGCUAGAAGAACUCUUCGCCCACACCCGUCGCGAACGCGCGGGUAAGCUCAACGGCCAGAUCUCCAGCCCCACCACCGGACCCAAGCUCAAUGACCGCUUGAAGGACAAAAUGUAUCUAACCCAGUCCAACCAGGCUGAAUGUUGCGCGGAUGAUUUGGGGGACAUUGUGCAUGGCAUGUUCCUUGACCCGGCACGGUGCAAUGCAAAGGUUGUUCAUGGGUGCAGCGACAUCUCUAGCUUUGAAGAUAUUGCAUCCGCGUUUGAGAAGGUUACUGGGCGUGAAUCUCGCUUCCAACCGCUCGAAUCUUGGUAUGAUUUUGAUACUCGCGGAGUUCCUGUGCUAGACGACGCCAAGAUGAUGUUUGGAAUGACUCAGGACAGUGAUGGAUAUUACUUUGGACCUGAGGCAUUUGAAAAAAAGACUGCCUCGGAACUCAAGCGAAGCAUGGCUUUGGUGUUAGGGGUCCCCGAAGAGGGACAGGAGUUGAUGACAGCCGAGUCUUGGUUCUGCAAGAACUCCAAUUCGUGGUAA